AUGAUCAGAUUCUUGUUUCAGAACCACUCAGACAAAGCGAAAUGUUUUGAAGUGAGCAAGAAGUUGGUGGAAGUCUAUCAGUCGGAGAAGAACUAUUUACAGGUGGCCCGAGUGUGGAGGAGGUUAAUCCAGGUGAGGGAGGCAGAGGAAGGGGUGGAGAAUUCAGAGCUGCUGGAGCUGUGGAAGGAGAUGACCAGACUCUUGCAGGACACGGUUGAGGAUCAGGACAAUGAGACUCAACAACACCUGAUAUCAGCAUUUGAAAGAGCUUUGCAAUUGAUAGAUGUGCCCAGUGAAGCCCACAGGAGCCUUUCACAGGACUACAUUAAAUGUCUUUCCAAGCUUCCUCAUGAGGUGGCCAAGCUAAAGGAAGUUUGUGAUGCCACGCUGUCCCGCUAUCCGACACACUCCUACCCUCUAGAGGCCCUCAGUGAGCACUACAUCAGAACAGGUGACUGCAGUGAGGAAGCUGCGAGCUGUUUCAGCCGUCUCUCGGAACUGGAUCCAAACAACUCACACGCUCACUUUGGUCUUGGUAUUAAAGCUUGUCAGGAUAAAAAAUAUGAGGAUGCCAUCAAAAGUAUUAGUCUAGGAUUGAAGCGUAUGCGCUCCUCCAUCAUUGGCUGGUAUAAUCUUGCUCUGGCUCAACUAAAAAUGCAUAAAUACUCUGACAGUGCCACAGCUUCCAGCCAAGGGCUGAAGUCGAGUGUGGGGAACUCUGAUGAUUGGACUCAUAAGCUGCAGAGGUUGAAACUAGAGGCUCUGGUAAGGACAGGAAGAGACCAGGAUGCUGAGGAAGCUCUGCAGAUCCUUACACAGAUUUCAGAUGCCAAAAAUGACCCAGUGCUUUUAGCUUUGAAAGGAAGAGCUCACUUGCAAAAAGGCCAAACUGAGGAAGCAUUUCAGGUUUCAGCUGAGCUGCUGAGCUCUCACCCAGGAUCUGUGGAAGGUCUCACUCUGAAGGGGCUGGUGCAUGUUGCGAAAGAACAGCACAAACAAGCUGAAGAAAGCUUUCUAGAGGCUUUAUCCGGUAGCCCAGAUAAUGGGGAGUUGUUCUUCCUGAUGGGGCGCCUGUUCUGGAACAUGGGAGAGGAAAUGCGAAGGGAUCGCAGCAAAGCCCAUACACAUUUACUCAAGGCUGCUAAACUGGACCCGUAUCUCGGUUCAGUGUUUCGUUUUCUGGGUCAUUACUAUAGAGAGGUGGCAAAAGAUCAGGGCAGAGCCAGAGGCUGCUAUAAGAGAGCGUUUGAGCUGGAUUCCUCUGAUGCAGAGUCUGGAGCGGCUACUGUAGACCUCAGCAUGGAGCAGGGGGACAUGGACUCGGCUCUGACUGUUCUGCAGUCUGUAACAGAGAGAGCCACUCCUGGCUCUGCUAAAUGGGCCUGGAUGAGGAGAGGGCUCUACCACCUCAAGAUUGGCCAGCAUCAACAGGCCAUUGCAGAUCUGCAGGCGGCGUUGAGGGCAGAUCCUCAGGAUUGGGUGUGCUGGGAAUGUUUAGGUGAGGCUUACCUUAACCGCAGGAGUUUCACAGCAGCCCUGAAAGCAUUUGAUAAAGCACAUACUCUGCAGCCCACCUCCAUCUAUAGCCUCUAUCAGACCGCUGCCAUCAAACAGAUCCUCGGCCGGUUUAAAGAGGCCGCUGCAGAGUACAGGCAGAUCUUAGAGCAGGAGGACUACGUGCCGGCAUUGAAAGGUCUGGGUGAAUGCUUGCUAGCCUUGGCUAGAAGUGCACUUGAUGACUAUCUUGAUGGAAGAGCUGUAGAUUUGAUACAGAAUGCCAUCCAUUACCUUUUCAGAGCUUUAAAGCAAAGGCCAGACCUGUCGUGUCUGUGGAAGUUACUAGGUGAUGCCUGCACCACCUCCAGAACUGUGUCCCCAAACCGAGCCAAAGUGCUGGUGCCUGGAGCUCUAUGUGGAAUGGAUCCACUUGAUCAGGGCCAUACACUGGACCAGAGACAGCUCCUCACUCUAGGAGAAAGGUGCUUUGGUCGUGCUUUGAAACUCAUGCCGGAGGCCCCUAGUCUGUGGUGUGACCUUGGCCUGAACUACUACCACCAAUCCAGACUGCUCAGCUGCCUCAAUCCUGAAGAGGAUCAGCAGCCUCUGCUGGAGAAAGCCAUACAGUGUGUGAAGAAGGCGAUCAUGCUCGACAGUGCAAAUCACACAUACUGGAAUGCCCUCGGGGUGGUCUCCAUGGCAAAGGGAAUAGAAAACUUUGCACUUGCACAACACUGCUUUAUCAAAUCGGUAAAAGCGGAGUCAAAUAAUGUGGUUGCAUGGACCAACCUUGGUGCUUUGUAUCUGAAGAAGGGAAAUAUAGAGCUCUCGCAUGAAGCUUUUAAGAUUGCUCAGUCUCUAGAACCCCUCUAUGUGAACUGCUGGAUCGGACAGGCCCUGAUUGCUGAGUCAGUGGGCAGUUAUGACACCAUGGAUCUUUUCAGACACACCACAGAACUGAGCACUCAUACCGAGGGAGUGAAGGGUUAUGCAUAUUGGGUUUGCUCCACACUGCUGGACAGGAGCAACAGAGACUCCGAGAUCUACCUCUACAACAUAGUCCAGAUGAACGCUGUCUCUGCUGCCCAGGUGGCUCUGAGCAAGUACACCGAGAGGGUUCAGACAGACCCAGAUGCCUUCAUCAUGCUCGGAUACCUGAACACACACCUGCAGCUGAGGAAACAGGCCACUGAGGCAUAUCGCAGAGCUGUCGAGUUGCUUCAGGCAUCCCCUCACACAGAUAAGCUCAGCUUUGCUCUGAGGGUUUAUGGACGUGCACUCAGUGAUGAUGGACGGUGGGAAGAAGCAGUGCGUAUUUAUUCCUCCACACCACUAGAGGAGCUGCAUGAUCUCAUUGGGCUGGCGCUUGCCUAUUUCAGAAUCGGUCGCAUGCCAGAAAGUGUUCAGGCCUAUGAGAAAGCCCUCGCAGUUGCCUCUAGCGAGAAGGAAAAGGCCUGUAUACUCACUGCACUGGCCCUGAUACAGCACAGGCUGGGCAACAUUGAUCAUGCCAAAACUCUUCUCUUCAAGUGCUCCAUGCUGAAAGAGCCUGUCUCAGAGAGUCUGCAGUGUCUGUGUUCUCUGGGUUUGGUUCAUGGGGAAGUGACCCUGGCAAGUGCUACGCUUACUGAGCUGCUAAAACUGGGGGAACAUGUAGGAGGCGCUGUGGAGGAGCGUUGUCUGCUCACUUGCACCCUGCUGGCCCUGCAGGGCAACUAUAGCGGCGUACACAGGGAGGCUGCUAGGGCUAUACACAGGAACCCAGGAAAUCCUUCUCUCUGGGCUCUUCUCUCCAGACUGGUCCCACAGUACUGCCCCAACAAAGCCAAAGGAGGUGCUGUGGCUGGCAGUGUGGCGUGUCAUGCCAGCUUGACGCUUGGAAAGAGGGCGUUGCUGUACAGUGGAGUGAAUCAAUUGGCCUCAGGCCGGCACUCUGGUGAGGACAGAAGACACAACGCUCUGAAAACAAUCCAGAGAGCUGUGCUGCUGUGCCCAGAUGAUCCUGCUGGGUGGGCGGGGCUAAUGGCUGCCUGUCACACAGAGAACACUGCAUGCUUACUCCAAGGCUCCGCCCCUCGCAGAGAAGAUCUGGAGAGGGCGCACAUGACUCUGGUGUCUGAAAAAGUGAAGGGCCUGCAGGCAGAGGAUGGGCUCUUGGCUCAGGCUCUGGAGGGAUGGGUGCUGCAGCAGGCCGUGACUGGACUCAAACAGAGUGGCCAAUAUGACCAGGCAGAGACUCUCUGCUCCCAGGUUCUGAGUGUAUCUCCAGAGCAACCUGUGGUGUUCCUGAUGUUAAGGCAGGUUCAGUGCGAGCGCCUCCUGUUGUCUGAUGCCGGUAACUGUGUUCCUCCUGCGGUGCUGGAUCAGCUCAGCGCUGCUGUCAUGGCCAAUCACACAUCUGUGUCCGCCUGGCAUUGGUUGGCAGAAGUGUACCAUUCUCAGGGUCUGCUGGCUCAGGCCUCUGUGGCAUAUAGACAGAGUCUUCAGCUAGCCUCUCAGCUCGGUGACCACAUUGGAAAGAUGAGCAGUCUGCUCCAACUAGCCCUGCUGGCACUCAUGCCAUGUUUGGCUGGUGUCUGUGUCUCUGAGUGGAAGGAUCUGGUGUUGGAGGCCAGCAAUGAAGUUUUAAAGAUGGGCAGCUCACCAGUAGCUCUGCUCUUCCAAGCCUUACUGCAGUUCUCUAUAAAGAUGGGUGCCAGGGAAACCCGUCGCCUAUUGGAGAAAAUAGUUUAUGCUUCAGCCUCAGGAGGCUGGUGUCUGUGUCUCUGA